AUUUCAUCAUAACCCAUAUCGCGAAUUUAGAAGCCAUUUCCUCAAGUCUAAAGAUUGUAAGAAACUUACAAUGGCAGUGGCAAUGGCAGGCACGUUGGCAACAACAAACAGUGCAUCAUCUCUCACUGUUAAUCUGAAUGCAGAGUGCAUCAAACCUUCACUCAGAAGCCAUUCUCCUUCCCUUGCUCGGUUACCCAAGUCAAGAUUGGUUGUGAGAGCUCAAGCCAACCCUAAGACUGACAACACCAAUGGAAGGAGAGCAGCAGUGGUGGGACUGGGUGCAGCUCUUUUCUCUGCCUUUGCCAUCUCUGGGAAUGCCAAUGCUGGUUUGGUUGAAGAUCUCUUAGCUAAAAGUGCUGCUAACAAGGAUCUGAACGAUGCAAAGAGGUUGGCUACAAGUGGAGCAAACAUUGCCAGGGCUUAUACUGUUCAAUUUGGCAUAUGCCAAUUCCCAUAUAAUUUCACUGGCUGCCAAGAUCUGGCCAGGUUAAAGAAUGUACCAUUUUUGACAGAUGAUAUUAAACUGGAGUGCCAAGGGAAGGCAAAAUAUAGGUGUGGUUCCAAUGUUUUCUGGCAGGGGAAAUAGAAUAGAUAAGCACCCAUUUCUCGUUAAUGUUUGUGUAAAAUAAAGUUCUACUGCUCUGCUCAAUUGUAAUGUUUUUAAACUCUUUAUUUUUCAAAUUAUUAGCACUGUAAUUUGAGGAUCCAUGCAAGUGAUGUAAUUUUUGUAUGCAAUUGCAAUUCUGUUACGGCAGGAGCAGUAUUACCAAGGCUUUUCUAUGUAUUAAAACCAAGAAUAUACUAGAUUUGUUUUUCCUUCUCCCA